ACAAGAGUUGCAUUAUGACGUCCGUAAUGUGCAUUCGCGGUUAGCUUCAAAUGCCGUUGAAAUUGAACUUUAAGCGCACACAUAGAUAUAAUGUUGCAGCUAAGGAUCUGCAUGUUAUAAGAAUAUACACACUUGACAACACAUGUGUUGAAUAUACUGUGUCUUCAAGCACUACUGGUCGAGAUGCUCUCGAAUAUGUUGCACAGAGACUAGAUAUAGAAGAUGUAUGUCAUCCACUGUAAUAUAAAGUUAUUUGCAGAUAUAUUUUUUUGGAUUCACUUUUGAUGACUGGGCAGGGGAACAGAGAUGUUUAUUUCUUAAUAAGUCAAUCAAAAAGCAACUGGAUAAAUAUGCUCGUCAACAGGCUUUAACUCUUACUGUUAUGCUUUUCAUUGAUAACCCACAGUUUGUACCUGAUCCACAAAUAAGACGUUGGUUUUACCUUCAGCUCAGAAGAAAUAUAGCAAUGGGUCUUCUUCCUGUGACGUUAAAAUUGGCAAUAAAACUUCAAGCUUACAGUCUUCAAGCUGAGUUUGGAGAUUUUGUAGACAUUGAAACUACUCUUUCAAACUGGAGGGAAAAAAACUUACAGUCAGAAAGUUCUCCAGCUGGUGCAUUUGACCUGUUAACAACAGAAUAUGUUGAUGACAUAAUCUGGGGUUACUCUCAUCUACAAGGAGUUUCUCAGGACAAUGCAAUAUGGUAUUUUCUAGAUGAAAUUCGACAUAAUCCUCUCUAUGGAGUUCGAAUAUUUAAUGGGAUGACAUGCAGAAAUGAAGUUGCAGAACUUGGUGUUUCACGUAAUGGUAUUAAUAUUACUACAUUUGAGCCCCAAAGGCAAACAAUCGCUAACUUAAAAUGGGAACAUAUCAAAGACCUUACGUAUGCUCGUAAGACAUUUACUAUUCAACUGUUAAAAAAAGGAAAAUCUGUUCAUUUCAUUUUUGAGGAUUAUGAAAGGGCGCGUUAUUUAUGGCAGUUCUGUAUUCAGAUGCACAGUAGCUAUAUUGAUUAUUGGACACAUGUAAAAUCGGUCCCACCACAACCGGCAGUUCACAUCUCAGAACCUCCGGAUAUACUAAGAGGUACAGAGCUACGCUAUACUCAUUCGGGUUCACCGGUCUUGAACGAUUUUACAACAGAUUUAUCAACCUCUCAACAACCAAGUCAGGAGUGUACUAAAUACGAUAUCGAACCAGUAAAUGAUGAAUCUAAGAAAACACAAUCAAAGGAUGCAGAUCCACAACACUCAGUUAAAUUAACUGAUCACUGUAGGUUGAUGGAUCAGUUUAAAAUUGAGAAGAAUACUACAACACUGACUAGUGAUAACCGGACAUUCAGGAUUAAUCCCUCUCCAAGAAGACCAAGUGAAGCUACUUGCGUGGUUUCAUGUAAUUCUAGUUCUAUCCAAAAUACUUAUACUAACAAAAUAGCAACUGCGAAUGCAGAUUUUAAAGAACAAAAUGCAGAUUCUGAGUCUGGAACUCUUGUUGGCCACUGGAGUCUUAGAAGCGGUGCAGGGACACUGGAUUCCCAACUCUUAAAUAAAGGCUGUGUGACAUGUCUUCCUGGAAAGGAAUGUUUACGGCCAACCGGAUGGUUCCUCUUAAAAAGUGGAGGAGCAAACUCAGCCUCUUCGGUGUCAAAAGAAUCAAAGACUACUCUUACUGACCCACUACCCUCCAAAACUGGUGGUUCUUCAUUACCUCUUAGUAAUAAAGAAAUUCAAAUGAAUCAUGGAGAUUCCCCUUCUGUUCAACGUAAACAACACCACGCAAGCGAAGUAACCGUAGAUCAUAAAAUGACUAGAAGUCAUCGUGCACACAAGCAUCGUCAAGCAAAACAUCAUCAUGAAGAGCAAAUCAAACCAGACAUAAAUCUUACGACCGAAGUGACAAAUAGACAUGAGAAUAUAAACUGCUGUGGGCCUUUAACGCCAAUUCAUCUACCAGAAGUGACUGUUGUAUUAAGUAAAAAAGAGGUAUGUCCUGAACAAUCAUCUCCCUCAUCUCUAGUCUCUUCAGACAGCUCAUCUGAACGUGUGUUAGUUUCUCCAAGAGCAUCAUUUUCCUCUUCUUCUUCAAGUUGUACAGCUAGUAUUAAAAAAACUGAUCUUGUUCAUGCCGCGCAACAUCAGUCAUGCAGUUCAUCGACUUCAAGUAGUUCGAGUAAUUCUAUUACACAAACUGAUUUCGAAACAAAUGAAGCUAGAAAAACAUCAUUUGGUUUCGCUGCCUCUUUAUGUACUUCAGCUAAUAAUGUAACUUUUAAAAGUCCAUCAAAGUCAAAUACACGUGGGAUAAAUUCAAGUUCAGGUUCCACAUUUGCAAAUGGUCGAAAAUUAUGGCAUGAAUUAAUUCAAUCAAAUAGUGGUGGGAUUCUGCCAUUACUGAGCGGACUAAGCCAACGACAUUACCGACCUCAGUCCCAAAUGAAACGAUUUCAAGCCACAACUUCAAUGGUCCCCGAAGCCAAUAUUCAAAAGCCUGAUUUCGAAGCUGUAACUACUCGGUACACACAAAACCACCAUAGUUCUAAAGAAACAUUUGAUGGAUUAUCGUCACAUAUCCACAAAUCAACUACACACUUAAGUUCAUCAGUUAAUCCACUUCAGGAGUUUCAACGUUGGUUUUCAUCUGCCAAACAUCGUAUUCCAUUUGGAUGGGCAAACAGUACGACUAGUCGAGUAACUACAAUGAAUAUUUCAGCUCCUCUUUCUUAUCAAACGUCUGGAAAUUUCUGUGAAAGCCGUGUUACUAAAUCUGAGAAGGAACAAUGCUUAGGUGUUACGUCUAAUCCUUUAUUACCUAAAGCAAGUCAAAAUAUAAAUAACCAGUCUAAAUCAAACAUCGGACGUAUUGAAAGAUCUGCCAGUGAAUCCUAUUCGCAUUCAGUCAGUUCCAACUUGAAUAAUCCUAGGACUACUGUACUAAUGAAUCUAGAACAAUCUAGUAUGGAUAAUGCAAAUUCCAAAAAAUCGAAAUCUUCAACGAAAGAUUCAAAGUAUACACCUGUAAAUGAGACAAAAAUAUUGCCACCAACAAUUCACUUACUACCACCCAGUCCUACAAGAACAUCAUUUAAGAUUAAUAACAAUAAACAAAUAAAUGUUAUCAAAGGUGAUUUGCAUGACAGUAAUGUACUCUUAACAUCAAGUUCUAAUUUUGAUGCAAAUCCAAAAUUAACUGAUAAUGAAAUAAAACAUCCCAAAGAUAAUGAACUAUACAACAAAUCUAACUUGAAUAAAGUUGAUUUGGUUUCGGAACCAAAAAAUAAUUUUUUGUCCAGCUUACAAUCGAGGAACUUCUCAAGACCAUCAAAUCAGUUAAGUCAACAAGAACAAGGGAACCUGCGUACUUCUUCCUCUUCAUCCUGGCGUCUUUUUCCCUGUCCACUUACUCUAAAUGAAGCUAAUCGUUUAGCUGUCACACCACCAAGAAAGUUUGUUAAUUCUACGUCAGAUAACUAUUGCUCAUCACCUACUGAAUGCCAUCCUAGUAGACCUAUAUAUAAUGUGCCAGAAUAUGAACAAUCGAAUUUCAACCAUGGUUCACUUGUUAAUCCUGAUAUAUCUUAUACAAAAAUUACUGAAGCUAUAGGUAAAGAAGACAUGUCUGAAAAGUGUCAAACUGCAAAACAUGCGCUAAACGAUGACUUAUGCCAAAGCCAAUUUUCCACAACACCAACUACACCAGUCACUCGACCUAACCUCCUAUGGGAAGAGUCGUUUAACCAGUCAUGUGAUAAUAAAAUAUCUCGAGAAAUAUCUCAAGCAUUAUGUCAAGAAAAUGAAUUUAAUUUCCGACAACAGACCAAUGUAGAUAUGAAUUUGUCAGCUUGUAACCUCUCGAAGGAUGAUAGAGAGGUAAGCCCAGUGAUUAAUAUGUGGUCUUCGAAUAACCAACUCAAAAGUAAAUCCAUGGUUGAUAAUGAAAAUUGCUCACCUGAUACUAUGGAAAAUAGUCAGGAACUCGAAAAUAAACCAUCAAGUAACACAUUAACAACAUCUAGUUCAUCCGACCAAUGUAGUAUACCACGUCCGACAUCUGGCACAAUGCAUCUACUUACAAACUCUGAUAUUCAUCAGCUGUUGAGUCUGACUAACUUAAGGGAAACUGAGCUUGCUCAUCGUUUGCUUGCUGAAUAUCGCCAGAUUCUACUUCAGCAACAAAGUUUACAUACAAAUAGUGUUAGUACACCUAAUCUGAGUGCAAGUCAAGAGUUACAGAUGUUGUCUUCGUCAAAUGCAGCAGAAGAUAUAGAAGGUCAGGAAGAGCAGUUAAGUACUUCAGCUCCAGAAAACUCUAGAUACAAAACUUCCAACGAACGAUCUGAUGGGUCCAAAGAAGCCUCCAAAAAUUGCCAAGAAACUAAUCUUAUUUCUUCAAAUUCAAUGCGCAAUGCAUCUGAGGUGUCCAGUAGCAGCCAAACAGCGUUGAGGUUAAAAGUUCGUUGUAAUCGUAAUAUUGAGAUCCAAUCAAUCGAUUCACCUGAUUAUGUAAACGCAGCGGCAUUUAGAAAUGAUAGACGUCACACAAAUGAUAGACCGCUAAGUUUGGCAAGUUCAACAGAUAUUGACUCAAAUGCAACGUUUCGUGUUUUAUCAAGUUUUGAAAUGCGUACAAGCAGUGGUGGUAACUAUUCCACUGGUAAUCUUAUACUUACAAAUUGUAGUAUAGGAAGUGAAGAAGCAACUAUGGGUUUAUCAGUAGAUCUAACAAAUCCUGAUAGCCAACCUGGUGUAGAAUCUAUGACAAGUCAGUCAUCUAAUAAAUCAUGGGAUCAAGAACAAAAGUCAGCAACAGAAGGAAGUCGCAUUCAGAACAAAAGAGAUAAUAACUUCGAUACAGAAACAUGUUCACAUGAGGAUGUAACUUGUAAAGAUGUAGACAACUCGAAUAUUUAUGGUCACCCUCCUGAUUUAUGCAUGAUACAAAAGGUAACUUCGUUUCCAACUAAAGAAUAUUUAAAUAAACAGCGUUCUAAAGUUCAAUAUGAUCAUCCAAGCUCUAUAAAUUCACAAAGACGUCAUUUUAUUGGAGAGUAUGAAAAUCUCGAAGCGAUUUCUUCUGAAAAGAACAAGAAAAUUUAUCUACCGAAUCAUUUAUACAGAUCUACACAUGAACAUCAUGAUGGUGAUCAAUUCAUAUCGCGCGAUUCUCAUGUACAAACUAUGCCAAACAAAAAUGUGAUAACAUCCUGUAAUACUCCUCCAGAAUCGUUAAUGACAUUAACUCGCUCUGGUGGAUCUACAUCUCCUUCACCAUCAACUUAUUCAGAAUCGUCUUCGACACUAUCAUCAUCUUCACCUUAUUCAGAUUUAGGAUGUAUUGAUUCUAAUCAAGGAGUUUCAUCACGAAAACAUAUAUCUGGUAUAAAAUCCUCUAAUACAAGAAACGAGAUACAACAUUCUUCACAAUGGCGUCAACUGUGUCAACCAGAUAGAGGAACGAAGUCAAAAAGAAAUCAUAAAACAGAUGAGAGAUAUCACAACAUGUUUCCAACUGUCAUUACUCCUAGCUUUAGAAAAAGCACUAAAUAUUGUCAUUGUAGCUGUCAUAAAUCAUCUGGACACCUUAAAAUCACCAAAUCUAAUUCAUCUCGAACUGAGACCAAUGACUUAAGUCUAAUGGAUACAUCGAACCCUUCUGGAUACAGACGUAUCAAACAAAAAGCCCGCUCUUUUGAACCAUUUUCUAAGAUUAUUGAUGCUAAACCAUCUGAACAUCAUUGUACCUCUGUGUGCUUUGAAGAUGUCAAUAAAUGUGUAGUUCCUAGUGAAAGUGCGUCAAGCAAUAUUCAAGAAUAUCAACGUAAGUAUAUCAAAUCAUUGAACCGUAAAUCACAUCACAUUAUCGGUUCAAAUAUACCAAUCAGCAUAAAUCGUAAAAAUCACCCAUCUUGUUGUCAGUGCGUACAAAUGGAUUACCAUUCGCAUAAUGAUGUGAGCAAUUCUGUGACUACAUCACCAACGGAUAGUCCAUUUCUAUCAUCUGCAUCAUCUUAUUCAUUCUCUACUUCUUCCUUAGAUGUUCAACCAGUGAUUGACUGUCCAUAUCACUUUCACAUACCCAGUUGUACAUCUGUUGUAAUAGCACAUAAAAGUGGACGUAAUCAUCGAAGUGGUAGUUUGGAGCCCAGUAGUAUUAUUCAUCGAUCUAUUUCGCGUAAAUCAAAACCCAAAAAUGUUACUAAAUAUUCAAAGCGUCGACCAUCGGUAAGAAAAGAAUAUUAUAACGGUAACAAUCAAAGUAUGAAUUCGGAUGGUUUACGUUAUGCAGAAAAUUAUAAACGCGAACAUUGCAGUUGUUGUGAAUUCCAUGAAUCACCCACAAAACGUGAUUUGCAAGAACAAUACAACCGAAGUAACAGCGACAAUAACUCUCAUAGUAUUAAUAGUAGUACCAAUAAUAAUAAGACUAUGAAUGAUAUCAAUAAUAAGUCAAUGCAUCAUUUACUUUCUCGUUUACCAUUUACUAACAGUAAUCAUGAUAAUAACUCAUUCAUUUAUUCGAGACAUUUUGAACAUGAUUUGAAUAAUGAUGAAAAACCGCCUAUGAUAGUAAAGCGGAAGUAUAAUGAACUAAAUAACGGUAGUACCAACAAUUGUCAUCAUACAUAUCGAAGUGAAUAUUAUCCUACAAAUGAGAGAAAGUUAACUGAUACACCGUUUAUUAUAAAAGAUAUGGACAAUAAUGAUAAUGCAGUUGUUACUGCGAAUAAUAACUUUUCUUAUAUUCAUCGGGAUAGAUCUAUACAAAAUUUUGAAAUCGAAAGUUCCAUUAAACCACCAAGACCAAAAGAUUUGAAAGUAUUUCCGAAACAUCAAAAUUUCAAUCCAGUUGACCUUACAAAAUAUAGAUCAAAUUCUGGUAAAAGAAUCUCGUUUUUCAAAAAGAAAAUUCCAAGUGAAUCACAGAUUAUGAUACAAAAUCAACUUCAAGAAAUAGAUAAAGCUACAGAAAAAGGGGCCAACAGAUCUAGUUGGAGAGAAAAAACGAACUUAGCUGCAUCAAAAACAUCAAGCCACACGCCCCUUCCUUCUCCUGAUCUGCUUUGUAGACCCAAUGAGGCGAUGAAUGGUUAUGUUGUCGGAACUCUUCGAUCGUCUAAAGUGUCAGGUUUCUGUAGUAAAAAUUCAAUGAAAUCAGAUGAUUCUUCAAAUCCAAACAAAUUACGCUAUCAUGAAUGUUAUCAAGAACAUGAAAACCAGAGGAAAAUUGGACCUAAGUUUAGUCCAGUAAGUGAACGUUGUCAAUUAAACGAACCUCGUGGAUCGUACCAGAGCACUUCAUUCAAACCUUACAGAGAAUCUGUAAAGCCUUUAAAUAAAACACUAAAACAGAAAUUAUCUCCAACAAACGACUUGUCGCCAGCACCUGGAUUAGUUUACACAGCAUCUGUUGUGUUUAAUCCAACUCAACAGUCAGACCCCAACACUUCAAGUAGUAAUCACUCUUCAGUUGCCUAUGAAAAAGUGAAAGCUUAUGAGCGUCAAUCAGAGCCAAGAAAUAUUCCACUAAUACGCAAUGGUUCUAUUGAACCAGAUAAUUCUAAUAAAAAGAAUUCUACCCUCAAUAAAAGAAAAAUAUCCACAAUACAGUUAAUAGACAGAGAUCACAGUUGCACUCAAAAUGACAUUCAGUUGAAAGAACAAAAUCUAUUAUUACAUGAUAUCCAAGUAAAAUCAACAGAAUGAAAUUAUUCAAUGUAUCUCUCGUCAUAUGGUUUCAGAUGAAUUAACUUUCAAUUAUGAUAAAGUCUGAUCAAGCUUCCCAUCUUUGUACACAGUUUGCAUUGAACACAUGAGAAAUCCCAAGUUUUUCAUUCAUUAUUUUUGUGUUUCAUUUUUAAGUGUUCAUCUAUGUAUCUCUUGCGAGAAAAUUAACGCGAAUAUUUAACACAAUCAAAUAUUUCGUCUAUUUAGUUCGUUAUACAGUAUAAAGAACUCAGAAAUAUACUCCGAUCGAUUGUGUUAUUAAUUGCCUUAAAUUAUAACCAAUAAAGUAUUGAUGUCUAA